AUGCUACGAGCUAACAGGAACGGCCAGCGGAGAGCGGGCAGCUGCGGGCAGUGUCCGGUCACAGGGCUCAGGGGCUGGGUACAGGUUACUGGAUCAUUGGAGCUCUCAUCUGCUCAUCUGGUGCGAGUCCACCGCGGUGUCGCUCUGGCUGCACUUCCCCUUCACAACAGAGGGCUGAGGGCUCCACAGCACCCAGCACCCAACACCCAGCACCCAACAUCACCCAGCACCCACCAUCACCCAGCACCCAACACCCAGCACCCAACAUCACCCAGCACCCAACACCCAGCACCCAACAUCACCCAGCACCCAACACCCAGCACCCAACAUCACCCAGCACCCAACAUCACCCAGCACCCAACAUCACCCAGCACCCAACAUCACCCAGCACCCAACACCCAGCACCCAACAUCACCCAGCACCCAACAUCACCCAGCACCCAACAUCACCCAGCACCCAACAUCACCCAGCACCCAACAUCACCCACCAACACCCAACAUCACCCAACAUCACCCAACAUCACCCAACAUCACCCACAUCACCCAACAUCACCCACAUCACCCAGCACCCAACAUCACCCACAUCACCCAACAUCACCCACCAACACCCAACAUCACCCACAUCACCCAGCACCCAACAUCACCCAGCACCCAACAUCACCCACAGCACCCAACAUCACCCAACAUCACCCACAUCACCCAACAUCACCCACCAACACCCAACAUCACCCAGCAUCACCCAGCACCCAACAUCACCCACAUCACCCAACAUCACCCACCAACACCCAACAUCACCCACAGCACCCAACAUCACCCAACAUCACCCACAUCACCCACAUCACCCAACAUCACCCACAUCACCCACAUCACCCACAUCACCCACAUCACCCACAUCACCCAACAUCACCCACAUCACCCACAUCACCCAACAUCACCCACAUCACCCAACAUCACCCAACAUCACCCAACAUCACCCACAUCACCCAACAUCACCCACCAACACCCAACAUCACCCACAGCACCCAACAUCACCCACAGCACCCAACAUCACCCAACAACACCCAACAUCACCCAACAACACCCAACAUCACCCACAUCACCCAGCACCCAACAUCACCCAACAUCACCCAACAUCACCCACAUCACCCAACAUCACCCACAUCACCCAGCACCCAACAUCACCCACAUCACCCACAUCACCCAACAUCACCCAACAUCACCCACAUCACCCAACAUCACCCACAUCACCCAGCACCCAACAUCACCCAACAACACCCAACAUCACCCAGCACCCAACAUCACCCAGCACCCCACAUCACCCAACAUCACCCAGCACCCAACAUCACCCAGCACCCCACAUCACCCAACAUCACCCAGCACCCAACAUCACCCAGCACCCCACAUCACCCAACAUCACCCACAGCACCCAACAUCACCCAGCACCCAACAUCACCUGCAAACUUUCCACAUGCAGAUAUCACAGUUACAGGAACUAAACAAUCAUGGGUAG